AUGGAGCACUCACCCUCUAUGAACUUGUCAGUUGUGGAUGGAGACGACGUGGAGGACCAGCGUCCCCUCCUCCCACCGAGGAUGGUUCCUCCACCUCAGGCCUGCUCUCCACAGUGCGGGAUACACCACACGGUCCAAACAGCCGAUCACACCGUGUGGCUGGACAGGACCCAGGCCAUGGCCACCACACCUUUAUACAACGGCCACCUCUAUGUCACACCUUCACCUCGCUCCAACAGGAGGGCAGACAAAGGCAAAGAGAAGAAAUGUGAGAAAAGGUCAGGGGGCCGUCGACAAAACCAGGCACACAAGGAGUGUAAUCACCAGUGCAAAGCCAAAAACGCAGGAGCUCACAGACUCCAGGAGAAAGUCACCUCUUUCACUGAUGUCCCCAUUUCUCCCUGCGGGUCGCCCUUUAAGGGCCCCUGCAGGUCACACUUAGAGGUCACGGAUGUUGAAGGCAGAGGGCGCCGCAAGUCAGGCAGCGUUUCUUUGGAGAUGCACGACCGUCAGAGUCUCCCAGAGAUCAUCAUCACCAGCAAAGAUGAUGACUUCCAGCCACCCUGUGAGACAUUCCCGCAUCGCCAAGAUAUGACUGAGGGCCAAGGUCAUCUGCCAGGAGCCGAGUGCCCAGGUCCAAACCCAAAUCCCAAUUCUCAGAUCAGCCCGAAACACAAGGAGGGCACUAAGGACGACCCGUACUGGAAGACUCACAACAUCGGCUGGCGGCUGGUCCACAGGAGGGCUCUGUUUUUGAGGAGGCAGCGGCUGAAUGACUGCGCCCUGGCGGUGGGGAUAUUCGGGAUGGUGAUGAUGGUGAUGGAGACAGAGCUUUCCUGGAGCGUCUACAGCAAGAGCUCCGUGUAUUCCCUCGCACUCAAGUCCAUCAUCAGUUUUUCUACCAUCAUCCUGCUGGGCCUCAUCAUAGCGUACCACUGCUGUGAGGUUCAGCUUUACGUUCAUGACAUUGGUGCAGAGGAUUGGCGGAUUGCCAUGACAAGCGACCGUUUGGCUCUGGUAGCCCUGGAGCUGGCUGCGGUGGCCAUCCACCCCUAUCCGGUUGGCCUGAUGGAGUACUUUGAGAUGACCUUCCAGCACACCACGCCUCACCUGCCGCUGUCGGAAACCGAGCUGGAGAUUGUCCUGGCUCUGCCCAUGUUCCUGAGGCUCUACCUGCUGGGCCGGGCCAUGAUGCUGCACAGCCGCCUCUUCACUGACACCGCAUCUCGCAGCAUCGGAGCGCUCAACAAGAUACACUUCAACACCAGGUUUGUGGGGAAAACACUAAUGACCACCUACCCUGGGACUGUGCUGAUGAUUUUCAGCGUCUCUCUAUGGAUUGUGGCCGCGUGGGGCUUACAUGUUUGUGAGAGACACCACAACUACAGGGACCUGAGCAGCAACUACAUGGAGGCCCUGUGGAUGAUCUCUGUCACCUUCUUGUCCAUCGGUUACGGAGACGUGGUGCCUCACACCUACUGUGGUCGCAGCAUCUGCCUCCUCACUGGGAUAAUGGGAGCUGGCUGCACAGUCCUGGUGGUGGCGGUGGUUGCUAGGAAGCUGGAGUUGACCCGGGCAGAGAAACACGUCCAUAACUUUAUGAUGGAUUCUCACAUCUCCAAGAGGAUAAAAAUUGCUGCAGCAAAUGUGCUGAGAGAGACUUGGCUUAUCUACAAACACACUAAGCUGUCAAGAGAAAGAGACCACACCAGAGUCCGCAUGCACCAGCGGAAGUUGCUUCUGGCCAUCCACCAGUUGCGGCGGGUGAAGAUAGAGAAGAGGAUACUUGCAGACCAGGGUAACACUCUGGUUGAUCUCUGCAAGGUGAGAGAGAUGCAAACCCUGAUGUAUGACGUGCUGUCAGAGGUGCAGGGCUGCAGGGGGGAGCUGGACUCACACAUCCACAGCCUGGAGAAGCACGUGGAGGAGCUGAGGGAGGGUUUCAGGAGCCUGAUGCCGCUCCUGUCCAGCACCCUGUCCACACAGAACUCCUCCAUCCGCCACUUGCUCAGAGAGAGGGAGGUGAAGUCAGAGACUGCUGGUGCGAGCGUGGACAGGUAGAGGGAGGCUGAUGAGGAGGGUUCUCAGGUGCUUCAGGAAGAGUUAUCUGCCCAUAGUGCAGCUAAAAUGAUCAUGUUGGGACAUUUUUUCUUACAGGAUGUCAACUGAUGGGUCAUAAUAACAAGGUGAAGGCUGUA